ACCGAGGCCGCGAGAGAACAAACCAAGAUAAGAGGAGGCUGAUAACAGUGACUCAUUCGGCCAUUCUAUCUAGCAGAGCUCACAAAUGGCUGCUGCUGCCGCCGCCGCCUCCUCUUUCAUUCUCUCGAAGUCCAUCAUCUUCCCUUCAUCUUUCAGGCCUCUUCUCCCCUCUACCAAGAGAUCCGUUUGCCCUCGUAAGGCAGCCGCAGGCCGGCCGUCCCCUCGCCGCUUCAUCGUCGCCUCGGCCGCCGCGACGAUCGACUCCAGCAACGGUGCUGUCUCCGCAACGGAACAGAAGCCCAUCGACAGCGCGGAAUAUGGAAGGCAGUUCUUCCCCUUGGCCGCUGUGGUUGGGCAGGAUGCAAUAAAAACAGCACUACUUCUUGGGGCUAUUGAUCGUGAGAUAGGAGGUAUUGCCAUCUCAGGUAAGCGUGGAACAGCAAAGACAGUGAUGGCACGUGGAUUACAUGCUAUGCUUCCACCAAUUGAAGUGGUGGCAGGUUCGAUAUCUAAUGCAGACCCCAAUCGCCCAGAAGAAUGGGAAGAUGGAUUAGCUGAACGAGUUGAAUAUGACUCUGCUGGUAAUAUCAAGACUCAAAUUGUUAGGACACCUUUCUUGCAGAUUCCACUUGGUGUUACAGAAGAUAGGCUUAUAGGAUCAGUUGAUGUUGAGGUAUCUAUAAAAUCAGGAACUACAGCAUUUCAACCAGGUCUACUUGCAGAAGCACACAGAGGUGUCCUCUAUGUUGAUGAGAUAAACCUUUUGGAUGAGGGUAUCAGUAAUCUGCUUCUAAAUGUUCUAACUGAUGGAGUUAAUGUUGUGGAGAGAGAAGGAAUAAGCUUUCAACAUCCUUGCAAGCCACUUCUUAUUGCUACCUACAACCCAGAAGAAGGUUCAGUACGUGAACACUUGCUUGAUCGCAUAGCAAUUAAUCUAAGUGCAGAUCUUCCCAUGAACCUUGAUGACCGAGUUGCUGCCGUUGGUGUUGCAACGAAAUUUCAGGAAACAAGCAAGGAGGUUUUCAAAAUAGCAGAGGAAGAAACUGAAUAUGCAAAGACUCAGAUCAUUUUGGCAAGAGAGUAUUUGAAGGAUGUCACCAUCACUAAGGAGCAGCUGAAAUAUCUGGUUAUGGAAUCAAUACGAGGCGGUUGCCAGGGGCAUAGAGCUGAGUUAUUUGCUGCUCGAGUAGCAAAAUGUCUAGCUGCUCUGGAGGGGCGUGAAAAAGUCUAUGUGGAUGAUCUCAAGAAAGCUGUAGAGCUAGUUAUCCUACCUCGCUCAAUUAUUAAUGAGAACCCACAAGAACAGCAGAAUCAGCCUCCACCACCACCACCACCUCCACAAAAUCAAGAAUCUGAAGAUGAUCAAAAUCCAGAAGAAGAUCAAGAGGAAGACAAUGACCAGGAGAAUGAACAGCAAGAGCAGCAAAUACCUGAUGAGUUUAUCUUUGAUGCUGAAGGUGGGGUUGUGGAUGAAAAGCUUCUCUUUUUUGCACAACAAGCACAAAGACGUCGAGGUAAAGCUGGGCGAGCAAAGAAUGUUAUCUUUUCAGAAGACAGGGGCAGAUAUAUCAAGCCUAUGCUUCCAAAGCACUUGCAGGGUCCUGUAAAGAGACUGGCUGUUGAUGCCACACUAAGAGCUGCUGCACCAUAUCAAAAGCUACGAAGGGAGAAAGAGACUAACAAAUCAAGAAAAGUUUUUGUAGAAAAAUCUGACAUGAGAGCAAAAAGAAUGGCACGAAAAGCUGGUGCUCUUGUAAUUUUCGUGGUUGAUGCUAGUGGAAGCAUGGCACUAAAUCGUAUGCAGAAUGCAAAAGGUGCAGCAUUACAAUUGCUAGCAGAAAGUUAUACGAGCAGGGAUCAGGUAUCAAUCAUUCCAUUCCGUGGAGAUUAUGCAGAAGUUUUGCUUCCUCCAUCGAGGUCAAUAGCAAUGGCCAGAAAACGGCUUGAGAGACUCCCAUGUGGUGGUGGUUCUCCCUUGGCUCAUGGUCUAAGCAUGGCAGUUAGGGUUGGUUUAAAUGCUGAAAAAAGUGGAGAUGUUGGACGUGUUAUGAUUGUUGCAAUUACUGAUGGAAGGGCUAACAUAUCUUUGAAGAGAUCCACUGACCCAGAAGCUGCUGCUGCUACAGAUACUCCUAAACCUUCUUCUCAGGAACUCAAGGAUGAGAUUCUAGAUGUAGCUGGGAAAAUAUACAAGGCAGGGAUGUCACUUCUAGUGAUAGACACAGAGAACAAAUUUGUUUCUACCGGAUUUGCCAAGGAGAUUGCACGAGUUGCCCAAGGGAAGUAUUAUUACUUGCCAAAUGCUUCUGAUGCUGUUAUCUCGGCGACAACCAAGGAAGCUUUGUCAGCCUUGAAAAGUGCAUAAUCGACGUGACAAAUAUUGGUUUUUGAUGUAUGUUUCAAAGGUUUGUUUUGUUCUCGGAACUUUUGUAGAUUAUUUGUAAGAGGGAAAAUUGCAAGUGUAAGUUCUUUGUAUUCAGCUUUGUCAUACAUUUUGCUAGUGAAGAAAAUAUAGGAAUGAGAGAAUCA